ACAUCUGCUGUUGUAUGUUCGAUAAACAGUUCCGAAGCUACUACGAGGGUAGAGAGGUAUCGACUAGCGGACAUCUGCACCUGUUGCCAGAUACAAUACGAGUCGUCGUACAAUCGAACAGAUUAUGACGUCUCUGCUUUUUCAUGCGUGUCUCACUUUCGACCUCCACAAUGCAUGUAUUAAGGGAUAGGGGCACGACAGUCCAGAUUUUAAUGGAAAUACGACCCUGGAGAUUAUAGUAUUAUAUUGUUGUUUACCUUCGCAAGUUCAAUAUCGAAUGGUGGUACAAGACGCCUAUUUAUAGCACUCACAUGUGUACAAGCAUACUCCAUGCGAGUAGACAAGCUCCGUCUACACUUAUAUUACGUCAGUGUGUAAACCUAUAGCUCCCACGACACCCCACACCACGAAACUACAACAAUGAAUGGGAUUGGUACUUUAGGGACACCAUCUGCAGUGUCUGCGAAGGGAAACUCGGAACGGAGUAAACUAGAAGACGCACCGGCACAAACAAUCAGUAGUCGUUCGAGGACUGACAUACCAAGCACACAUACAGAGCCACGCACACGCACAAGCUCAAGUAGGAAUGCCUCUGCCCAGAUGACAGCCAACACGCGUGUAUUGUUUGGGUGUGAUGUCGAGAACCUCCGGCUGACCCUGGACAAUGUGGUGAUCAACGACAUGCGUGUGCUGCGACGUAUGCACGUGGUCAGUCAUAGCGACCAGCCGUUGCGUGUGCGACUGCGGUCCACUUUAGGCACACAGCUUAAGUUCCAGCUCAGCAACUUGAACUUGCCGGAUGAUCGGGACUUGUCGCAUGGCCCACAUCUGAAUAGUUUGUUCAAUCUAGUAGGAUGGGUGGAUGAGCUCGUGCUUCCACCCAGGGCUACGCAACAGAUAAUUUUGGUCUUCUUGGCGGAAGCUCAUUCAUCAUCAGAAGAUGGUCCGCUCGCGUCCUACAAGGCGUCGGAGAUCAAUGGGUCCAUCGUGCUGACGGGGAGGGUAAUAAAAGAUUGCCUUAUAGAUGCGACUGAGUGCAACCACAGCUCAACCGAGGCAUCGGAACAGAACAGCGGCACCACUACACCGUCUGCUGAGGCUCAGUUGGAUCCACAAAAAUCCUUAGGAACACGCUUUAGUGCACUGCUGACCCAGUCUCUGUCUAUCAGGUUCAAAGCACUGGUAUGCCAGUCAAUACUACGAGUAGACCAGGCAGAGCGAGAGAUGGACUUGGACGACUGUGUGACCAACCAGACGUACGUACGCGAUUUCACUGUGUGGAACUGCUCAGAGUUUCCGCUAUCAUUUGUCCUGGCAACCGACAGCACGGACGGCCAGGGUGAUUUGUGUGAGUUCUCUGAACUGGAAACAGGAUACCCCAUCAAUCCCAAGAGAGAGAUCAACGUGGCAUCCGGGUUCUCGCAGUGCCGCAUUCGCUUGUCGUACUCGCCUACCACAGUGGGCGAAUUCAAAAUGGUACUCCAGCUGGAGAAUCUGCGCAACCUGUCGAAUGUCGAGCGCAUCACUGUGCAUGCGUCGGUGACGGCAGAACAGCGUAGUCAGGCUCUCUGGGUCAGUGGUGGCGGGCGCAUAGACUUCGGCGACGUCUACGCUCACCGUUCGGCCGAGUGGACCAUUAUACUGCGCAACGAGACUGUGGAACCCAUUGAUGUCUUCGCGAUUCCUACCGACGGCACUAGUGACGAUGGAGUACCCCCAGAGAUUACCUUCCACCAUCCAUCUGUGCCAGAGACAGAGGAAGAUUACGAUUCUCCGAACGAUUCAGAUCGACCACACACUCCCGCGAGACGGGGCGCGAACCCGGAGAAGCACGUAAACAACAUGGGUGGUAUCAAGGGUGAUAGCACCGAGAGUCUCAAGGAGUUCAAUCGCUCGCAGCCCCGGGCUCAUUCACGCACACACACGCCGCUGAUGCAACGGAAGGAUGCUCGCGAUGGCCCAGGUGGAGCUCUGAUUGGGUCUAAUCGACGUGGCCGUGACCAUCACGGCGUGAUGAUUGUGGAUUCGGAAGACGACGACCGCCGAAAGGAGAAGCCGCGACGAGAAAGUACCAGUCAAUCCAGCGAGCAGUUCAGUUUGCUACCAAACCGUGAGCAGAUGGUUGUGGUCAGAUACCGUCCUAUCGAACUCGGUGACGGCAGCGAUAUCAGCAGCGCAGACGUGGAAUCUACAGGAGGUAUUUCCUCUGUUACAAACCAGCCACAGCAGAAGACACAAAAUAUGCACCAACAAAACCAGCAAGCCAAACAAUUGUAUCAAUUGCAGACCCGCAACUAUCGGUUGCGCAUCAAAUGUUGCGACGCGGCGGGGGCUGAGAUACAGUGGCGAGUGAUCCACGCAACAGCGCGUGUGUGCUUGUCCAAAGUGAUGCUCUCUAUGGACGAGCUCAACUUUGGAGAUCUGAUCAUCGGGAAGCACUACAGUAAAACCAUCAGCCUGAGGAAUCUCUCGGCGCUGCCUGCAAGCAUUGAUGUGCGCUAUCAGUCGAAGAUAAUACGACUAGUCGAGCUACACGAUGACCAGGAUGACUACGAGGACACAACCGAUGCGCCACCGCCGAGUGGCGGCAUUGCCAGCAGAGAACCGCCCCAUUCCUUCGAGGGUGUCACAUCGAUCUUUGCUAGUGGCAGUGGGAGAGGGGCUUCGCAGAUCAUGUCCAUUACGAUACCCCCCCUGCAGCAGAUCAACAUCCGCGUGGAUGUACGGGCCAGAAAAGUCAAUCCUGAAUAUGUGAAACAUAUUCACUUUAGCAACACCAACAACGACGAAGAUAGUCAUACCCUGAUUGUGCGCGCGAAUAAUAUCGACCAGCAUGGAGACUCGUUCCACUCGGUGAUCUACCGCGUCACUACAGGCAGCCCGCUGGGCGACAUCAACUUCGCCACCAUGGUUAACAACAACGCCAGCCUGCGCACAUUCAAGAUCAAGAGCUUGCACAGCGAACAAUUGCACUUGGACCUAUUCACCACACGCCCUUCCCAGAUCAAACUGUACACUCCUAAACUUCCGGGGGCGUUUAAGGAAGGGAGUGGCGUAUCGUCCGGAGACGUGAUGGGUAUUGAUGACGGGAUGCGGGAGGGAACAGAGAACAGACCGUCGACCAAUACUCAGGAGCGGCUAUUGCGACGCAAAGAAAAGUUGUUGGAGUCAAUGGAAACCGAUACCUGGGUGGACGACGCGCAUCAUCGCGACAGCACACGGCCCAAAGCUUACUCAGUGUCGAAGGCUGAGGGUCGCUCUGUUGACUUCGAAUAUCUCGAUCUCGCAAGGAAGGCUGAACCGAAAUCACCUGGCACUAUUGCACUACAACGGAUACAGACUGAUCUCGACGCACUGGGUCGAACACAUCCCAGCCCAAGCAUCCGCGGCGAUAUGACACGGUCUCCUACUCAGUCUCCCGGCCCACCGUCGCAGCUGACCAAGCAAAGAUACUACUCAACGUCGCCUAGCAGUCCUCGCAGUUCUGUACAAUCCAGUAGAGGUUUGAGCAUGGGGUUACGCAACAGCGGCACUCGUGAUAACAAAUCGCAUCCACGCGGUGAUUCGGAGAGGGGGAGUGGGCGUAGCUUGAGUCGUAAUAGAGGAAUCUCUUCAGGCCGGAACAGCCCAUCUCCUUCACGACUCGAUGCCUACGACAACGGGGCGUAUGACGAGGCCCGAAACUCAGCGGGUACGGGUAAGAGUACUUGGACCGGGGGCAGUGGUGGCAGCGGGCAACCACACCAGAAGGGUAAAGGCAACGCACUUGACACACACAAGAAAGGUCACAUGUACGCUCCGGGGCUGUCGCGGGGGUCGACUGGGAUGCACCUGGCUAUGCCAACUACUGACAGUAAGGCGGGCUCGGACACAUCGCAUGGGAUUGCCAGUGAUGGCGAGGGCGAGGAGGAGGGUGCGUGGCAGCUGACACGCAUUGUGCAGUCAUUUACGGAGGAACAGUUCCUGCCGUCUCACUCUUUGUCGCCCAAGGACGAGAUAGACUUUAUCCAACACGUACAGCGCAGACGUUGGGAACUACAAAGGGCCAUACUCGAUGGCCGGCUUGCUGAAAUAUCCAUGGUUACACUCGAGCAAAACGAGGAAAUCACUGUAUACGUGGUAUACAUCCCGUCCCUACACGGUAGCAGUUCGAACCCUUCCAGCAGGAAGCUGCGAAAGAUCGAGGAGAAGCUACUGAUCAGACCCAUGUAUUGGAAUCCAGGGCUGAACCAAUUUAGUGUGCUUGAACCACGCGACGAAGACACGAGUGUGGACGGGAUUGGCACAGAUCCAAUCGCGUUGGGGCCUCCAAUUGCGGGAUCUGUGAAGGCAGGUAGACUCUCUGUGAGCAUCGCAGUCAGACAACUCCGCCUGCUGGGCAAAGCGUGCACAAGCGCAGUGUCAGUGGGUCAGAAGUACAUCAAUUUCGGCCAUCUCACGCUGAAAGACCACGUGGCGCAGGUGAAAACACUGGUGAUCAACAACAACACGGAGUUGCCCAUGCUGUAUAAGGUCGUAAAAUCCGGAUCUAUUGCAUCAGGAGAUCUACAGAUCCGCGAAGGCCGGGCGGGUGUCGUGAAACCAUUCGACAAGCGGGGCGUGAAUUUUAUGUUCAAGCCUACGUUUGCCGGAGUUUUUAAGGAAACGCUCAAGAUCGUCAACGUCCUUGACGAGACCAGUCAAGAAGAAGUAACCGUAAAGGCAUUAGUCAAGUCCCCAAAGGCCUUUAUGAUCAAGAGUCUAUUUGUAGAUUUCGGUUGUUUGGUCAUUGGACAACGGUCGAAGGCUGCGUCUGUUGUGGUGACUAAUAACACCGCAAAUUCACGCCAGUAUGUGAUCCGACUUGACCGUGGGAUGUGCACUGCAAUUGCCGUACAACUCGACUUCGAGUUUGAGGAGGCGAAUGCCGAGGAUGAGGGCCUAAUUUCGCAGCAGGACUUGGAGAAAAUUGAGGGUCUAGAACAAAAACUGAAGAUUGCUAUACGCAAGGAACAACACGACAAGAAAAAGGAAAUCGAAGGCAAGCUGAAGAAGCUUAAGGCGCCUACGAAAGGUGCCAAAGGGAAGAAGCUUAAGAAAAAAUCGCUUGUGCUGUCAGCAACGGCCGGGGUCACACCCCUGACUACACCGGCUAGCACACCCGCACGUGAUAUCACCCCGCCGAUCUCCACUACUGUAUCGCGUAGCGCGAGUGUUAAAGAGUCCGAUCUGCUGCAUGCUGUAGACGGAACGACGAUGUCUAGCCAGGUAGAAGGGGGCACAGGUGUGGGGAAAUCUGGAGAUACAGGAUUCGGAGAGGUCGGGAGGGUAGCGGACCUCGGUGACCAUACACGGUCUGGUCAGAGUGAGAGUGUGCUUCUGGCGCCCCGUGCUACCACCCCACCCAGUGUAGCUGAAUCAACCGGCGGAAUUGGAGCAGGGUCAAGUGACAGGGACAAAGAACGAACCACCACCAAUGGAUUCCGGCUGUUGGAUGAUUGUACCGGGGUUGUGGUGACAAUCGAUGCUAUGUCAGCUCGUGGAGUGACCGUCUUUGUCACGGCUCGAGCCUUACGCAGUACAGACUACACCACCAAUAGUACCCGCACAGAUUCUGACUGCGGCGAUUCCGCACCAGCAGACACGAGUGUCAGCUCGAACACCCGUGCUGCCAGUGUCACAGGGAAUAAGAUCACCCUUCGCGAGGAGCAGGUGCGCUCGUUGGUGCGUAAGCGCUGGCGUUGGGAGAAGCUCAUGUCACUGCUCAACCCGCACGCAGCCGUCACGGACAACAACACAGACGCUGGAGACGACCCCGCGGCCACACACAUGCAGAUCAGUGUACCGCUGGUGGCUAUGGGCAACGACGCUGUGAGUGCCGACAAUGUCUCGGGCGCAGGUCAGAAAGACGACGUAGCGAGGACGAAACUUGGCAAAGGGACCGUAUCUAACGCACUUGCCCAUGACGGCGGGGCAAAUUCUACCCUGAACAUUGCAGGCAGGGGGCAAGAAUCGAUCGCGGGUUGCAACGCCGCAGGAAAUGCGGAACCUUUGAAAAGCGAAGGACAAGCAGACGAAGAGAUGCCUGGCACGUUUGCAGCCCCUCAUCCUUAUGCGCCUGCUGGAGAUAUCUCUACGGGUGCGACGGCGCCUACUGUGUUCUCUAAUGAUCAGCUGAGGACGGCGUGUGCCAGUGACACAGCGUUAUCGCAACUGGGUAUGGAAUUUGUAGUAGGGGGUUUGGUAGUGCACGAAGACCGCAACAAGGAUCUGCUGAAGAUUGUCGCAUACAGAGUGUGCGUGUGUAGCACCCCAUCAGCCGCGACGGGAAUGGUCACGGACAUAUGUACAGCUGAAGGCAGCCAGCCACUCGAUGGUCUCAGUGCGAGCGCGAGUGUGGCGUGCCUCGAGGACACCGACACUACCACAGAACAGAACGAACCAAUUGCUACAGUGCAGGAGAGUCAACUGUCACCGCAGCGGGUAGAAGCUCCACCGAUAGCAACUCGGCUCGCAUCGAAAAUAGAUCCUUUGUUCAGACAAAGACUGCAAGCUAUCUUGGCCAUGCCGCAGUCGUCUUUGUUAGCCCUGAGUGGCAACACAUCCACGUUGCUGAGCACUACGACACCGUGUUCUCCGAUCUCGACACCACCACGGUCGCCGUAUGUAGAUGCGCGCAAUCUCAGAGACAGGAAGCUUUCCAUUCUUAACUCUGAGGUAUUUCGAAGUGCAGAGGGCGGCGCUGGGGUUAGCGACAGUACCAUGAUAGGUCAAUCUAGCAAUGAUGCUGCGUCCUUUAUAGCUGCCAGCGCCUCGGAUAAUGGAGAGACAGCUGAAGAGUCAGGCGGCCUAGAAGGUCUGGUUAAGUCCGUUAGUAGUAGCUCAGGUGGUGAUAUAUCACCCAGGACAAACUUUUGCAACAUUUUAGGCAGGAAGGUGGACGGUACAGGAAAUAUCGGGAGUUCUGCUUCGAGCUCGUCCAUGUUAGAUGCGGCUGGGAACAGUUUUGCGACCCCCGGACGUUUUCAAAGGCAUGACGACAAGACUGGACACGUGGACGUGACCACGCCAGGUAACACCAACACCCACUCCGGUGAUCCCACGCAGUCACUCUCAUCGCCGAUUACGAACGUGGCAGUUCUAGCCUCUGAAGCACAGGGACGUGCUCUGUGGAGCAGCAGUCAGGAAAGCUUGAUGACUGGGCGCAGUGGCGAUAUUCAAGCCUGCAACACUUCUCCGCCGGAGGAGUGUCCUGUGGCGUUCGAUCUGUCGCCAAAGGGCGUGAUCGACGGGGGCCAGCUGGAUGUGGGAGUCAGUGGGGAGAAAAAUUUAGUCAUGCGCAACACCCAUCCUAGGAAUGCUUUGUACUACUUGGUUAUGAUUAUAUCGGUCAGGGGUGUGAGCACCAAGUUGACUGGCAGUGUAGCCGCGAAUUUAAACUCUGCCACGAGCUCUCAUUCGAGCACGCGCUCGCUACUAGCUGGAAACGAGGGUAUUCAAGCAGGAGACCCGAAGGAUUUGAAAACUGUUGAUAUCUCACCAGCAUCGACCAGCUCAGCAAGUCGAAUUCCGGAGGGGGAUUUGGGCCACCAUAAAAAUUUGGGUUUAGGUGCGGUGGCAGAUACAAGUGGGACGUAUACUUCUCUGAAUGAGGGGGCUAGAGGCACCAUACCCAACCCACAACAAACACUUGCGAUUACGCCAUCUGAAGGCCAGCUUGAGCCAGGUGAAAGUGCGAACAUCACCAUCAGACUCGACGACAGCCGACUUCCUGGCAAGCAUGUGUAUCAGUUGCUUGUGCAGGCAUGGGCUCAGUCCUCUAAAAUGGAACUAGUGUCGUCCAGCUCGGAUGUAAUGCAACCAGCAGCAUGUGAAGAAGCGGUGGUACUACAAAUUGUCCGCAAGGCACCACAAUAUAUCAUGUUUGCUGGCAUUGGAGCGGACUCAGUGCCCACUCGAACUGGGCUUGAGUCCGGCCCUACCCAAGUCGUAGAUCUAUCUCCGCCGGAGAAUCUGCUGAAAUUGCCGCCUUUUUUUGUUUCGCCGUAUCAGCGCUACUCCCUGGUCCAUCCCAUUACGGUUACGUCAAUAUAUGAUGAGCCCCUUUGGCUGUCGUGCUCCUCAAAUUUAGCCCAGCAGGUCUGGAUAUUCGCGAACGAGUCCUUGACCACGGCAGCGGACUGUGUCUCACUACCGGCAAUGAAGUCUGUGACUGUCUACCUGGGGCUGUCACCGAAUGUUCGCUUGGAGUCUCUGGAAGGGGGUGAGUGUAGGGAGCUGGUCGGCGGAGUAAGGUUCAGCAUAUACGGGCAACGCGAUGAAGGCCUGCUCUUGUCAACCUUACAGGCUGGCGAGGGCUGUAAGGAGGGUCUGGCGGACAACCAUCUACUCGGCACCGAAACUUUGAAAAUAAGUGCAAAGUUUGGCAUGUCGAUCAUGUCCGUGGAUCCGAGGUAUGUGAAGAUGGGAGCCACCCGCAACAUCGGCGAGGCCGCAACAUCCUCGAUCACCAUCUACAAUCACAACCGCGAGAUGCCUGCAUCCUAUGCUAUCCUCGCACCCGCCGGACUAAAGUGUGUGCCCAACUACGGAACACUGGCGCCCAGAGGGGAUGGAGAAGGGUCCAGGGUGACCGUCUCUGUGACGGCUGAUGAGGUUUUCAUUGGCUUGUUUGAGCGCAAUCUAGCGAUUCUGAACCGCAACAAUCCGCGACAAACCUUGCGAGUGACUGUGCGGCGCUUCGUUGAUGAGGGGUGCCUGACCAUUGACUUACCGUUUCUGCGCGGAGACACUAUCGCCCGGUUGAAUCUCCACAAUAUUUACCUUCGGUCCAAUAAUUUGGGGGAGAAUUGUACGAGAACCGAUGAUGAAGCCCACGGCGAUCCAAAAUUCGUAGAGAUGAAGAGUCAUUCUCCAGAUUCAGGUUCCAAAUUGCCCCGCGGUGUGACCGACCUGCAAACUCAAUCACAAACACCACCAGAUCAUGCGCAAGCUCAAACUCAAAAUAAUGUGGACAAGUAUGGGAAUAUGCAUGCAGAUUCUCUACAUAGGAGCGAGUGGGUGGUAGGCAAACAAGUCGUAUUGGCGCAUAAAGUUGGUGACCUGAUUUUCCAUACCGACAGUACGUGUACGUUCUCGCUAACGAACAUAACGGACAAACCAUUAUGCUUGAAAGCUAAGUGUAACUUGGACUUAAAGCUCAGCUGGGGAGCAGUGAAAAAUCUGGAGAUUGGGAAGCUAGGGAAUCUCACGCCGAGCACGAUAGCUCCAGAAUACCGCAAAGCCCACGCAGUGCCCAGACAAGACGCUGUAGACUCGAAAGGUUCAGGUGAACGUUCUCUCUCCGAUCCCGAAUUGAGCGCUGUCAAGUGGGAGUUCUGCAGCAAAUGGCAGUACAUUCCGCCGCAUACCCGGGUCGAAGUGUCGGUGACGCUCCCCGCACCAAUACGAUUGGGUCCCAAAAAGUCACGACGUCUCAGAGAAGGUCGACGAAUGCUGCAAUACGGUUGCAUACUCUUCGAAAACCUUAAGACCAUCCCGGACGGCCUCGCUGACAGAGUUCGCGAACUAAAUGGUGAGUGCUCGUCCUCACGGCCACUGUCGCCACGAUACACACGCGAGGAUCUGAUGAUGAGUGAGAUGAGCGACGCAGGCUCAUUUACCAUCAACGACGCCGACGGUCUGAGUGAUGAGUCAUCCGCUGGCGCACAGUUCGGUAUCAGUACUUUGAAUAGGGCCAACUACGGUAUACUUGCUCCUCUGCAGUCACCCGUCCUGCCAGUAUCACCACCGCAGGCUUCACCCAAUGUGGCCCAAGACGAGCAGCACUCGUGGUUGGGCUUAAACGGGCUAGACCUGAGCACAUAUUCGUGCACCAUCGUCGAUCUGCAAUGCCACUACGGCUUGUCUUUUGGCCUGGUGUCGCCUUCCGCUCUGCCAAUGGGGAAAGUGGGCCAUGUGAGCCAAUGGAACUGUGUAAGGGAGACUAUCUAUGUGCGCAACACAGCUGAGCUACCGCUGGUCUUCAGUCUAGCCACCGACCUACCCAGCGGUGUGACUGUGUACGCGCGGGAGGUCACACAGAUCCACAGCGCUGAGGAUUCGCAAAAGCCGGUUACGCUAGCUGGGGUAUUAGAAGCUGAGCAAAUUGAACUGGAAACCGGUGCGGUGAUGGGUGCAGGAACACCAAGUGUGGAUACACAGGGCACUUCUAGUCCGGACCUAGUACCUCUGCUUAUUGGAGAGCUCAUGAGUCUUGCCAAAGACGAACAGCGGGCCUUCACCGUUGAAAUCACUCCAUCUGACCUCAAGGAUGGUCUCGCCGAGUCUGGGCUGCACACACUAUACAUUGCUUUCCAGAACGCGAACACGUGGCAAAAAGAGUACCAGACGAAUACAGAAAACGUCAACGACAGCCCCGUGCACGUGCAAGGAGACCAUGCUGCCAUCGCGGAUCGAACCAAAGUGCAACAGAGCGCGAUAGGAUCUCUCAAAGACCCCGACAGUGAAACCAGCCGGCCCACGCGAUCGGACACCAAAGUCUCAGCUGAUGUGAGACAGGGCUACGCAAAAGUGCCCGCAGCGGAUCACGCCAGGCCCCGCCCACACGCUUCAGGAGAGACACACGCUCACGCCCGGUCUAGACUUCAUCCCCACCAUGACGACGACGAUACCAGUGACGAUCCGAUGGUGUGCUGCGUUCAGUAUGAGAUGACACGUUUCGAGCUAGAGUUUGACCGGCUGGCGGCUAACCAUGAGCUGCACUUGCCGGCGUUGAGCUACCCCAUGACGAUAGUGUCGAGCGUGUGCGAGGAUUGGUUCUCGGUUGUGAACCGAUACGGAACCGCCGACACCCCCGCGCGGCUCACUAGUGAGAUACAGGUGGCCGCGCCAUUGCAAGGGAUCAUCAGCAUUGAUACCUGCUCGAGAGAGUCCAAUAACCCCAUUGCCGAGCACAAGCUUGCACUCGGCGACCGUCUUGGUAUCCGAGUACGCAUCACGAUGAACAAGGACUCCACACUUCCAGCGAAUGUCAUUCAAAUUCUCCCCAAGACAGCAGAUGGCUAUCAAAUCGGCACAAUUGGCUUCCGAACGGACGCUGAGGGGGCUGUUGUGUCUUCAUCGCCACUCUCUGUCUUCCAUGUUGCCUUGAUUGGCACAUUCCAAAGAGAAAGAGCAUUCGAUAUAGAGCCCUAUCACCUAGAAAUCAGCACCCACUUGGAGGAGAGCGAUGAAGACGACGACAGCCAGGGCGAUGACGAUGGUGCAACCGAUAGCGAGAGUGAUGUAGACAUGCACACGCGACGCAUCAAGGCGGACACGCAGGCCUCUGCCGUGUGCACGUGCAGUGCGGUGUGUAUGUGCGAGAAAGAUUCGCGCGAGAUGAGUAGUGAGCAGAAGUCUAUAAGUGGGAGUCGGGGUGGUCGUGUGGGUAGGCGCAAACCACGGGACAGAACUGUAUCCACAUCUUCGAUGAAUUCGCUGACCUCCUCGUCGCCAGUUGUGGACUUUCAAAGCUCGAUGUUAAAAGCACAAGCAGCGUUCGAAGCACCUCCCCGAGCCAUGGCAACCUUUGUGCUGACCAACCGAUGCGUGGAACGCAUGUUGAGAUACAACAUCACCCCCAUAUGCGAUGGUUGGAUAGACUUUACUGACGAAGGUUGUGUGCGCAUGCUUGAGAUAGAGCCUGCUCUCGGGGAAGUGCCUCCGAACGAGUCCGUGACCAUACGUGUGACACUCGCAUGUGAUCAUGCGGCGCAUAUAGCCAAUGUCAGCUCAAUCAAACUGUGCAUACGAGACCAUGACGGUGAUGGCGAGGGCAGUGAAGUACAGGAGGUUCCCAUCAAGCUUGUGACGGUUAGCGGUGCAUCCCGGCCUACGCACAUCGCUCAGCCCAUCGUGUCCAAGAGUGAGUCAGAAGUCAUGAACAUAAAGAAUCAAAUGUCUGUUGUGUCCACGACGGACAGGGCCCUGCGCGAUGGUAUUACGUCGUCUGGCUCUACAACUGGCGUUCGUUUGAAGAAGCGACGGCUUCUGCUGCAUUGCCGUGGGUCCGUAGUGGACUCCAAAGGGACCGAUUGCUAUCGAUACGACGCGGCGCUUGGCACUCGGGCGCUCGGCUCAGGUGUGAUCACGUGGCAGUUCUCGUUGGAGAAUACUCAGACCCGGAGCCAGUCCUUUCGGCUUCAUGCUUUGGUGGAUUCGGACCGCAACUGGUUGUCGCUGGGAGCGUCGGAUGGCCAGGUAGCGCCACUCGAAACGCGUGUGGUGACUUUGUCGCUGUCCACAGGCACUCUCGGGUGGUGCAGUGCAUACGUAGUGGUAGAGAAUGUUCAUCAUCCGGACGAGUUCUUCAUCGUCCGUCUGCGCAUGGAUGUGGUGGUGUCACCCGACCGCUUCGGGCGGAACGGACCAAUCGAUAGACUGUCGAGGCAGUUGCAGCCCAGCAGCCAGGCCCAGUCACAUUCACAGAUCCAUUUACACGAGGCUGGUAAAACGGCGGUGUCUAUGAACGGACAGGGUGAAGGGGUGGGGUCUGAAGGGAAUACCGGAGAUGAGAGUACCACACUAUUGACAGCUGUGGUGGAUGCACACUCCGGCGAAAGUGCGUUGUCUACAAGCCGCAUGAGCGGCAUGGAUCAUACGAUAGAGUCACAGACCCUGAGCGCUAAGAACGAUUACCUAGACGCGGAGGAUUUCUUCUCUGUCAUCACUACACCCACGGGCACAGGCACCAGCACAGCUACGCCGGUCUUGCCCGGCGAGACUGCCGCUUUAAGCGGCACGAACAACACUCGACAGAUGCUGGAUAUCGGCCCUGUGUACGCUGGCCACACUCAUACUGAGUGGUCGUUUGUGAUCAGCAAUAACUCAGCGGUGGGCGCGAAAUUUGUUUUGACUCAAAGUGCCGUUGACAUGGGCGGUGGAGUGGACAGUAGCACGGCCAAACCUACUGACACUUCAGACCCUGGUUCGAAGUGCUCCGGCGAUCUCGCGAUCGAUACUGACCACUAUAGCGACUGCGAUGUGGUAUUCAGUCUGUCCCGGGAGUCGCCUGUGUUGUGCAAUACACUGUAUAUUCCCAGCAAAGAAGAUCUCCGCGUGUAUGUGUAUUUUACACCUACCCUAUCAGCUGCAGACACGUGGCGCCUAUGUGCAGCAUCAGCUAGCCACGCUGGGGAGCCUGGUGAAGCUAGACCAAGUGUCCGCAUGUCGUGUACCAUUAACAUCAGUUGCCGUCUCAUCAAACACUUUCAGCGAAGUAUCCACGUGUCGGCCGAUAUCAGAAUGCCGAGUCUAAAUGUGAGUGAUUCCAUAGUGCUUUUCCGCGGCAAGGCCAGCCGCUCGACAAGCGUGGAGAGCACCAAACCGAUUGCCAUCUAUCCACAGUCACAAUCUGUUUAUAUAUCGUCAACGCUACCGCCCGCACUCUUCGCACAGCAGCGACCCAUGGAGCUCUACAUUCGGUGUUCCGAACCCUACUUCGAUGUGGAAUUCAAGGAAACCAGCAGCUCGAUUGCUGUGCUGUGCGCAGGAAACCCACAGACAGAAAUAUAUGGGGGGGCAGAUAGUGGACAACUACCAGCAUCGCAUUCGCAGCUGACUGUGGUUAUCAAACCAAGGCUCGAUACCAUCGCGGAGGCGAGUACAAUGAUGUGGAAGGAACGCUACAUGUCCUUCCAUUUUGUGGUGUGCAUGCGCAAUAACUUGGACGAGAUGCACUUUGUGCGAGUUCAAUUAGGGCUCUCGGCAUUGGCUAGCAGUCCGUAUAGUGUGUUGACUAAUGGACGCCGGGCACAUCGCGACCUGUUCCUGAUGUCUACCGAUCUAGUGCGAAGAUACCGACUUUUGUUAGCACGUAAGCAUGCUCUGAAGUUAGCAAAUCCGUCGGAGGAAGAUAAAGAUAGUCGCACGCUGGAGAUGGAAUUGCUGGCCGACUACAUGUACAUAAUCCGUGAGCUGACCCUCUUCGGGCUCGAAAAACGUCCUAUGCCAAUGGCACACCUUCUAGCUACUUUAUUCUUCGUGAUGCUCCUGGACGCACCGCCUUUUAAAGGGUCGCCCAGGCACCUUCUCCAGCAACACAAGCACCACGCAAGCUUACAAAUGACACCUCGGGGCGAUGAAAGUGUGAUUGGAAGUCUGCCUGGCGUAUCUGGUACUUCAGACGGCUCUUUCAGCGGUAGUAUUGGGCCAGCUUCAGGAGUCGAGAGCUGGCCUCCAUAUCUCCAGUCUUGGGUAUGCUUUAGUUUCCAGCGUGUUGGUGUAUUCAGCAUUACUACCGCGAUGUGAGUUUGAGCAUAUCCAUAGCAGCGGUGUUAUGCUUCUAUAUAUUGAUUUUCAUAUUUAAUUAGAGUGAAAGCCCCUGUUCUAGUCCUCAUAGGUCAUUUGGUGUCCUUGGGCACUUUCGUGACUUUGCGCAUGCGUAUUCUACCUCAUUCGAAUUGAAUCUUUAUCCUACGCGGCUGCGGUGUUCCUACUUAAAGGCAUUGAUCCGCUAUAUGUAUAGUUAACUGACUAACUUUGCAUCGACAUCAAAAUUUAGGUAUUGGGGCUAUCCAGAUAUCUCGCACACUUCCCGGGCCAUCCGGAAACGCUCCAAAAACUCUCAGCUCUAAGAUCCCGGUUAGCCUUGGGACCAAAUCCUCCAUCAUAACUUAGUAGUUAAAGCCUCUGAUUUCAGUGCCGCAUGCGGAAAAUAAUAAAAGUCAUUUU